AUGAUCCUUCAUUGUCUAACAGAUGAUGUAAAAUCUGAGGAUUGGAUAGAAAUUCGAAACAAAAGUAAAAUAAAAAGAAUUGUUGUUGUUGGAAUCUCGUCAUUUGGUGGAAGUUUAUUUGGUGUAUCAGGCAAACCUGUUGAUAAUGAAACCAGGAUAAACCUUACUGCUUUUAACAGAAUAUUUGGAGUUAAAUGUAUAAUUAAUCAAUGGUUCAACAAGUUGGAACAGUUUUUAACAGUUGACUUAACCAAUGGAAAUGUCAAAGGAAGGCUUAUAAAGUCCUUUGAAAGAAGUAAAGAAAAAGAUAAAAUUGCAAGAUUGUUAUUAAGAACAGACAACAUGCCCGUUUAUGGAUUCAGAGUUCCAGCUUAUCCAGUGAAAGAAAAACUUUUGCCUGAUAAAUGGGUUCAAACUACCCUUGAUUCUACUCCCAUCAAUUCUUCUAAUGAAUUCUUGUUUGUAGGAUGCAAAACAGAACAGCAUUGGGGACAUAUUGUCAUUAUUAACUAUGAACAAAAUGUCAUUUGUAAUGAAGAGUUUAAAUUUGAUGGUGCACCUCCUAGUGAUUAUAUUAGAAGAUGGCAUAAAAUGAAAAGCGUAAAAGAUAUGCAAACCAUUUUAUUGUCUUUUAUCACUAAACAAACAAAAUUAGUCGGUCAUUUAUUAGGAAAAUAUUUAGAAUUACUAAAAUAUGCACACUCAAAUGUUAUUGACACAUCAGCUUUGUGUCAUGGUAGCAAUGGAUUACAUUCAAGAUCAGGAUUAAAUUUUCUUAAAUCAAUUUUGCAUAAAUCACCACUAGGAAUUGUGAAUACUGCAGAGGAGAAAGCCCGUGCCAUUCUUGCUCUAUAUAAAUACAUACUUGAACGAGGCCUUUACACGGGAAAACGUCAAGAAUCAUUAACACAUGUUUUAAACAUAAGCAAUAGAUCCACUGCAUUUAUUGAUUAUAAUGGCAAGUUUCAAUUAUAUGGUGUCGGUUCAAGUUCUAAUGCAACCAUUGCUUUAUGUUCCAAUGACGAAGAGAUUGAAGAACAACUCCUUAAAAAAAUUAGAAAACCUAAUUUUGUAUGGGCACAUUUUCGUGAUCUUGAAAACAUUAUUGAUCCAAAUAAAUAUCAAGAUGGCUUAAAAAAGAUUAGCGAUAGAAUAUAUAGAAUAUAUAAUCAACUAUCAACAAACAGUGUUCUAAUGGUCAUUGGUCAACCACAAAGAGACGAAGAAGGAAUUGCUUUUAUUAGAGUUAAAAACUAA